AUGGAGUGGGCGAGGGCUGCCGCUGCUGGCGCCGGCGGCUUGGCGCACCUGGGCAGCCUGUGGUACGACCAGCGCUGUACCUGCCAAGUCGAGUUGGGAGACGGUUUCUCGGUGGACCGUGAGCUGCUGCGCCUGCUGGAAGGGCAGCUGCAGAGGUGCGGGCCCGCCAACCUCACGGUGCCGGCGCCGUGCCCGCCCCCAGAGUGCUCGGGCUAUCCUGGGCUGGUGGUCCUCCUGGUGGCGGUGCUGGCUUUCCUGGCAGGGUUCGCCGCUGCUGCCUCCUGUGGCUGGUGGUGCUUGCGUCGCUCGGAGUGUCGUGCCACGUCGGAGAGCGCAGAGACUCCGUACCUGACCGACGGAAGCGAUGUCAGAGCAUCUUCGCCAGGGCCAGCGAGUGCUCGUCUCGUCUCUUACGACGAGGACCCGCGCGAGCUGUUGUGGCAUGAGCGCCUUCUGUGCGCGCACGUGCACGAAGGCUCCUGGGUGGUGACCACACCCGAGAGAGACAUGUAUCUCGAGGACCUCCAGGAGGGCGUCGAGAGCCUCGUCUUGCUGGGCCCCAUGGGAGGCUUGCCGAUCGGGUGGAACCGUGGGCCUGCACACCUGUUCAGGAACUCGUCCCAGGGCCCGCUGCGCCGCGAGGAGAGUUUGCGGCUCCAGGCGGAUGGCGCGGAGCUGGCCCUGCAGGAGAGGCGUGAGCUGGGCCUGGCCGCUUCUCCGCCGCUGCCGCCGCCCACGGGCGCGCCCCCGCCGCUGGCGCUGGAGGGCGUGCCGAGCUCGGGCGAUGGAGGAUGGCGGUACUCGGAGAACCGCGGUGGUGCUCGGCUGGGCGAGCGCGUCGGCGACGCGGAGCUGGAGGCAGGCUGCCAUCGCGGAGAUCGUGGAGUGGCCCUGGUUGGCGACGUCUUCGUGGCUUGCUCGUUCUUCCGGCCGGGCCAGCAGAUGCCUACGCCUAGGGAAGUGGAGGCGGCGGAGCCUGUGUCCAACGAGCUGCGCACCCUCCCGGUGAAGUACGAGACGGCCAGCCAGCGGCAUCGCUCCUACAAGGAGGCCGCAUCGCUGACCACCACGACGGCGUUCGAGGGCUGGCCGAUCAGCGGCCCGAGGGCGGCGGAAUGGCUGGCGCGGGAGAUCGCUCGGCAGGAGCUCACGCCCGUGCGCCGCCACUUCUGGUGGAGACAGCUGCUGGGCUUGGGCCCCAGCGUUUGGGGCGUCGGAGAGCACGAGUCCUUGAGCCGGCUCUUCGAGUACGCGCUGACGUACGACCAGCUGAACUUCGGCGAGCUGGCGUCGCUGGAGCUUGCAGGCAGGAGGAUGGCGGGCCGCCUCGGUGUUGCAGGUGAAGGCCUAGACUGGGCUCGGGACUUGCUGCCGCUGCCAUCUGGGCGCUGCCUGGCUGACCUCCUGGAGGGACUCUCGCCAGCUGGCCUGGGUGUGUCGCGCUGUGCGGAUCGGCGGCGCUCGCUCCGACGGGCUGCCGAGGCGCGGCUGCAGGGCGGCAUCUCGACGCUCGACGUGCUGGGCGGCCGCGGCGAGGAGUGGGGCCCCAAAGUGCUGCCAGGUGCUAUCCAGCGCCAGGCUAUGGCCAGCUUGGCCCGGGCCUACUUUGCCGUGCCGCCGCCGCCCGACGACCUCACCGCCUCGGGAGCGUGGUCUGCGCUUCGGGGCUGCGGUUCCGGCUACGCCGUUGCAGGUGUUGUCGCCGGAGAGUUCGCGACCUACCAGCGCGGCAGGCUUGCCCUGCCAGCGGUCGGUAACCAGGCGAUCGACCUCGUCAGUUGCCUGCCCGACCACUACCAGAAGUUGCUGGAGGAUAGUGGCCGCGCUAUUCGGCGACCAGCAGUGUGUACAAAGGACGUGGCGGCAGAGGUGGGCGAGUUGGGCCCUGCGAUGGAUCCCAUCCUGGCUAGGUCGCCCAGCAAGUACGCCGAGUUUUUGAUGUCUGCAUACGAAUCGGGCGUCGUCGAGCCGGCGACUGAAGUUCGCAGUUUUGUGGGAGUCUUCUUUGUGCGUAAGAAGGACGGCUCGUUGCGGAUCAUCUUCGGUCCUCGAAAGACGAACUCGCAGUUUGUACCUCCAGAUAGUGUUGCUCUGGCUUCUCCUGAGGCCCUGGGUGAUCUUGAGUUGCCAGGCCAGCGGUUGUGGGUCAGUGAGGGCGAUGUCGAGAACUGCUACUGCCAGUUCCUGCUGCCUGACGACCUGAGGGCCGACUUCGUGCUACCUGCGGUGCCUCGGAAGCUGCUGCCGCGGAGUCUGCGCCGCUUGCUUCCGCCCGGGAACGACUUCGUUCACUUCCAGGUGCGCGUGGUGCCGAUGGGCUGGAGCUGGGCCGCGGCGCUGGCGCAGGCGGCGAACGGGGAGCUGCUGCGAGCUGGUCCGCAAGGGGCCCGCCGCUGGAUCUGCAAUCGCCGCUGCGCGCCUGCUGUCGCCGGGCGUGAGCCCGCUGCUCUCCUGUACAUCGACAACUUCGCCUCGCUGGGGGCUGUAAAGGAGGCAGUCCAGCUCGACAGCGACUCGAUGGAGAGGCAGCUGAGGGGACGCGGUCUGACUACUCACGACAUCUCGGGGCCGCAAGUUGACGUGGACCUGCUCGGGUUCCACAUCGACGGGGUGAAGGGGGCGAUUCACAUCGCGCCCAGGCGGUUCUGGAGGCUGGUCAUGAGUCUGGACUAUAUCCUGAAGCACCCCCUCCUGACGGGAGCCGAGCUAGAGCGGCUGAUCGGGCAUUUGACGUACGUGCUGCUGCUACGACGCGAGGUGCUCAGCUUGCUCAGUGCAUCCUACGUCUUUGUCAGCAAGUGCUACACUCGGCGCGUGCGGCUCUGGCCUUCGGUGCGCCGAGAGCUGGCCUGGAUGCGAGCGCUGCUGCCGCUGGUGUGGGCGGAUCUGCGCGGCGCCUGGGCCCCCAGCGUGAUGGCCGUGGACGCCUCGAUGUCUGGCUUGGGCGCGGUGGAGCGCUCCGCGGACCCACGCGGCGUCGGGCGCAUCGGCCGAGUUAGAGAGCGCUGGAGGUUCAAGGAGCGCGAGCUGGUGGCCGAAGGCUCGCGUGCACGCGCCUUGCGUGAAGGCGCCGUCGGCGACUCCCCGUUCCCCGACGUGCCGUCGGACUUCUGCAAGGCCGCCUCGUGGAAGACCGUGGCCUCGAGACGGUGGCGCCAUCGUGCCCCCAUCCACCUUCUGGAGGGCGAGGCGCUGCUGUGGGCCAUGCGGCGGCAGGUGCGGCGAGUGGCGCAUCAUGGGUGCAGGUCGACGGCCUCGCCGUGGCACCGCCUCCUGGGCUCGAGCGUGUCAGGACUGGAGCUGGAGGCGGUGAGGCCCUCUACCCAGCAGAACUACCUGAAGUGCCUCAGUGGCCUCUGCAACUGGCUCGGAGUGGAGACGCUGCCCAGCUGGAGCGCGCUGGAGUGGGACGACGCACUGCUGCAGUACCUGAACGACGAGUUCGCGCAGGGAGUGCGGCCGAACAGGGCUGCGAAGCUGUUGUCGGCGGUGCUCUGGGCGCGACCGGCGCUGGGGCGGCCCUUGCGGGUGGUGUUGCCGAGGGGCAGCCGGGCGCUGCUGGGCUGGAAGCGCAUGCGGCCUGGCCGCUCUCGCCCGCCGCUCCCUUGGCUGGUGCUCUGCGGCGUGCUGGAGCUCCUGCUGCUGAAGCGGGAGGUGGCGAUGGCGUGCGCUCUCUGCCUCAUGUUCCACUGCUACCUUCGGCCCGGAGAGCUCCUGGCGAUGAAGGCGUUUCAGCUGGUGCCGCCUGCGGCCGGGCUGCAGGGCGGGUUUCGCUGGUGGACGCUGCUGCUUCAUCCAGAGGAGCUGCUGGUGCCCAGCAAGACGGGCGAGCUGGACGACUCGCUGCCGCUGGGCGCGCCCGAGCUCCAAUGGCUUGCCCCCGCGCUCAGGGAUCUGAAGGCGCGGCUGGAGCCCCGCGAGCCGCUGUGGAGUUUCGGCUACGCGCAGCUGCGCGAGGAGCUCGAGAACGCGCUGGCGGUGCUGGGACUUCAAAGCCUCGGCGCCACGCUGCGCUGCCCACGGCGCGGAGGAGCAAGCCACGAUCGAAUCGUGGGAAGGAGGUCGCUCGAGCAGAGAGGCAGGUGGCGAGCUCGCCUGUCCGCGCGGAGGUACGAGAAGCACGGCCGCCUGGCGCUGCAAGUGGCGAAGGUGCCGCCCGUGGUGCAGGAGCGGCUGCGACUCAGCACGCAGAGGCUGCCACAGCUGUUCGCCAGCUGCUCAACGCGACGCUCCACAGAGUGCGCCUGGGGCGAAAUAGGGUCGCCGUCGAGGUCUUCGCUGGGUCAGGCCGCCUCGCCUCGGCGCUUCGUGCCAGAGGCCCUUGGCACUAUCAAUAUGUUGGUGUGCGCUGCUUUCUGGGCCAACGCUCUGUGGCAGGAAGACGGCAGCCCAUGGGUGUCUCCGGCAACUGCCUCGAUCUUCUGGGAUCUUGCAGUCGUGUCUAUUUGCUCGUGCGCGUGGACUGCGAAGCACGUCGGCGACUUCGGGCUCGCGCUGCUCGGGCUCGCCUGCCCGGCCGCCUGCAUCCCCUUCGCGUUCGCGCGCCUGGCCGAGAGGGCUGCGGAGGGGUACGUGCCUGUGGCAGGCAUCGACUCCUCUGGCCACGUCCAGCUGGCGGUGCUGGCAGCGUGGCAGGGAGUGGGCGGCGCAGUGGACGUGGCCCAGGGCACUGGCGGCCGUCUGUGCGUGGUUGUGGACGUGGGCGUUGCCAUCCGCAGCACGCACGCGGCACGGAGCGUUCGCGUGGGCGAGGCUGCAGAGGGCGGCGCCAUGCACAUAUGGUUUAGAGGGAAGGUCGUCGCGCGGCUCUUCGUUGUCCUGGCGUUCGGCUACGUGCUCAGGGACCGCGCGACGCCAGCCUCGGGCAGCACGGGCGCGGCCGGCGGCUCCGCGGGCGCCUCUGGCGGCACCGACGAAGAGGACUUCUCCGACCAGCUCGCCCGCGCCCUCUCCCCGUCGGGGGAGGCCAGCAGCAGCAGCGCCCGGGGGGGCGGCGGCAGAGCCGAGGCGAGCCGGCCGCAGGACGACCCGGCGUUGGCUCUCCCGGGAGCCGGAUGGACCCCUUCGGCAUUCGCGACCUCGCUGGGCGUAGGGUGGACCACCCAGGACCGGUGAUAUGAGUGGAUGGGGAGAGGGGCGCAGUGGUUGUGGUAAACUACUGCGUGUUCUUUGCUUGUCUGUUUGCUUUUGUUGUUUUCGUACUUUGCAGCGUCAACCUCAUUAUCAGCUUGUUCGCCAUCGUUUUCCAGUGUAGAUUGUUUUGCUUAUCUGGAAAGCAACAGCAACACGACAACGUGGAACUUGCUUAGGUCGAUCCCUGCCC